GCUAUUUACAAGAUGUCAGCCUGCUGUUUACGCUAAUAAUGUUUUGUCGAAGAAAAGUGUAACCAAAUCAUUAAAAAAUAUGUAUUCCGAUGACUUUGGACAAGCAGAGUUAGAUGCUUUAGAAUCUGCUCGAAAGCAUGUAGAAAAUAUGCUUAAGCGACCUGAUCAAUUAGAAAAAGUUGAACAAUAUCGAAGAAGAGAGGCUCGUAAAAAGGCUUCUGUUGAAGCUCGUUUGAAAACAGCAAUGCAAUCUCAAUUGGAUGGUGUAAAGACUGGAUUGAUGCAGUUACGUAGUGCUCAUGAAGGCAUAAAGGAAAUAAGGCAGUGCACUGUUGAGGUGCAUGAUAAGUAUCAGGAAUGCGCUGAGCUGGCAGUCAAGCUUACAUCUGUAAGGGAAGUUGCUAAUGAACACAGUCAGCUUGCUGCAGCGGUUGAAAAUCUGAAGCAUAUCUUCACGGUACCAGAAACUAUUGAAAGAACAGAACGUCAGAUAGAGGACGGCAAGCUGUUACCCGCACAUAAAGGCUUGAUGGACCUUGAACAAUCUCGCAAUGACCUUUUGUUUGAACUUCACAAGCAACCCUCCGAAAACCCGACUGAUAUUCAUCUUCUUGAGCGAUAUUUUGCAAAAGUUGAACAGUUAUCAGGGAUGAUGUAUCAACAAAUUAAGUUUCUGAUGCAAAACGUGUUUAUGGUGGUGAGGAAUGAACCGUCCAAAGUUGUCACAUGUCUAAGAAUCAUCGAAAGAGAAGAGAAGCUAGACAACGAGUGUCAAAACAAAGAACGUAUGGUUAAGUUUCAAGCACCUGGACGGCCCAAGAAAUGGAAGGAAAAAAUGUUCCAUGAGCUGGUGAAAUGUGUCACAAACAGAAUUGAAGGAAACCAACUUGAAGAUCGAAGUCAAGAUCGGAUGUGGUUAGUGCGCCACUUAGAGUUGACAAGACAAAUCAUAUUGGAGGACCUAAGAAUUGUCAAACAUCUGUGCAGUCCAUGUUUUCCACCGCACUACAAGAUAUUUGACUACUUUGUCAAAACAUAUAAAGAUGCUCUAUCAGUCCAUCUUCAAAAUAUGAUAUGUGAUGAACUGGAACAUAAUGAGAUCAUCUCUCUUCUAACAUGGCUCACUGAAUAUGUUGGACCAAACUUAAUGGCGCAUCAUGAACUGAAUAUUGAUGUAAAGGAACUAGAACCCCUUCUGCCAGCUCACACUGUAGAAAACCUUCAGCAACAGUACUUAAAGACCCUGCAUGCCAAUAUCCAAAAAUGGAUAAAUAACACCUUGGAAACAGAUAUUAAGGAAUGGUAUCGUGAGAUACCACCAGAAGCUGAUAAGGAAAGUUACCUGCACACAUCGUUACCUGUGAUCGUGUUCCAGAUGAUCGAACAAAACAUGCAAGUAGCCACACAGAUCAGCAAGGACCUCACAACCAAAGUGCUUUUAUUGUGUGUUGAAGUGCUACAGGAAUUCAUAGAGUUUUAUCGAUCUUCUAUUAGAACAUACAAGGACAGACAUAUGCAAGAUCGCAGUCAGCCUCGUCACUACUUCCAGUAUAUGGUAGCAGUCAUUAAUGGGUUCCAGCAGUUUGAAGAUUUCACCAGGCAGCUUGAACGGCGUCACUUGAACCAACCACCAGGUGAAGGUUCAACCACGGUUUUUCAAAGUCUUAUGGAUGCAUUUGAUUGUCUAGCUGGAGAAUGUCUUGGAUUUCUUUUGGAUGAAGUAUUUCUUGAUCUGGAACCACAUAACCAGCUGCUCUUAACCAGAUCCUGGUUCCAAAUAAAUGGAUCUCCAUCUGUUGACACCAUUUGCGUAACAGUAGAGGACUACUACAAUGACUUUGUACACUUGCGUAGGCGAUACUUCGGUGCAAUAAUGAAGGAGGCGGAGAAACGUGUCUCAUUAGCAUACAUCACAGCAGUGAUUGAAAAACGCAUGUCAUUCAAAAGCUAUGAGGAGCGAAAAACUGCCUCGGAAAAAAUCUGCAAGGAAUCGGAACAAAUUAGCCACCUGUUUAGAAGAUUAACAGAUGAAGAUAAUGUGUGUUCACCAAUUGAUGCUGUUUCUGUGAUGGUUGAGCUGAUCCGUCUAAAGGACACGUCUUUACUGUCGCUUGAAAUCUCGGGUUUGGUCAGCAAGUUCCCUGAUGUUCGAACUGAACACGUGAUCAAUUUACUAGCAAUGCGAGAAGACAUGGGAACAUCAAAUGCAAGACAGAUUGUAAUCGACACACUUGAGCAAGACGAUCGCCAGAGAUUUGGUGGUCAACAGUCGCAAAGAACCAUCUUUUCAGAAAUUCGAACAAAAUAAAAUUUAUUUUUCCCAGUACUUUAACCAUUUGUGAAUGAAUAUGUGAAUGCCUGCUACAAGUAUUACAACAAUAACAUUUUUAUCUUUACCCUUCAGUGUUCUGUAUUAAUGUAUCUAAAGGCAGAAUAAGGUUUGCAUGCUCCCAAUAGCAGAAUUUUGAAAUUGUAUCAAGUGUGCAUGAAGACUGCAUUUUAUAUACAUAACACUCUAUUUAUUUAAAGCCAGGCUCCAGAGAAACAAAAAUGCUUGGUAUGUUGUAAAAGACACUGAAUGCUGCUACAGUAAUAUUUACAAAACUGGAGGAAAAAGAAUUACUGUAUGUUCCUUUUGUUUUUUCCUCUGGCACUGGCUUUAAUGCAUAUUUCAGUGUUCAAAAUUCACUGCAUAUUUCUGCUACUACACAAAUGAUGAAGGCGGCCACAGAAGCAGUCUUUCAAAAGUGAUGGUUGAGUCAUUGGUCGAUGUGUGAUUUAUCACCCUUCUGGACAAUACAGAAAAACCGUCAACUUAUCAGAAUAGACCAUAGAGGUAUAAUAGGAAUACUAGAGCGCUAACUGCUGUGUAUUCGAUGUUCAAAAUAUGCUGAGCUGUGUGGUGUGCUAAUCAUCAUUUUAAUGUUGUCCUCAACGUAACUUUACAGUUUUUAAAAGCUAUGUUGUAACUUGAGCAUCACGGUGUAGCGUACACGAUGUCGAUUUUCAUUUCUCAGUACAGUACUGAAUUUUUAAAUCAGAUACUCCACUUGGCCUCUUUUUGGAUACGAUAGUUUAAUGAAUUGUUAUUAAUAAUAAUAACGAUUAAUAAAAUAAUAGUCAGAGGGCUUAUUUAUUGUUGGAAUAUGUAUUCUAAUUAUGAAGGUGGCAUUUUCCUACGGUGGCCAUCUUGGCAUAUACAACUCUGCAUUGCUUUAGGAGAUAAUAUACCUUAACGACAGUGUUAAAUCAUAGGCAAACGUGUGCGUUUGUGAGAUGCACAUAUUCCUGGCCUUGUCCUGAUUGGUCAGUUAAGUUUGAUUGACACUCCGGAAAGAUCCAUUAUACUGUACUACCUAAUUUUACGCAAGAUAAUAUAUUUUAAUGUACCAUAUUAGACUUUUUUUUAAUUGAUGCUCUAGCAUAUUAAGUAUGUACUGUAUAUAUAUAUACAUAUCUGCAUGACAGAUACUAAAGAGAGAUAUAUUAAAAUAAAGAAAGUACUCUGAUAUACAAA